CGGCAUCUGGGGGAACACGUACCAAACCCAGUGCGACGUCUUCCUGCCCCGGCGCAGCUGCCGCAGGGCCGCCGCGUACGUGCCCAGCCAGGGGCUCGCGGUCUCCGGGUCGAGCUGGUCCUGCGCGGCGAGGAAGCGGUGCAGGUUGUACCGGUCUUCCUUCUUGCUGCUGGUCUCUGCCUGUGUGGCGUCGUUGUCUUGGUCCGUGGCAUUACUGGUGGUGCUGAUGGGGCGGCGUCUUGUGCUUGCCUGCUUGUCUUUCCCUGUGCGCUGAAUCGAGGCGUUGGAAUCUCCCCGGCGCUGCUGUUGUUGCGAGUAUGGAUGCGCGGCCGUCGAGUCCGCUGGCGUCGCCUUUGGGCGGAAAUAAGAAUCGAUGGUCCUCCGCGGCCCAGCCAUGUUGUUGUGCCCCAAUCUUGGUGUUGUUGUUAUUGUCGUUGGUCUCUUGCCGCCGAGCGCCAAUAGCGCAACCGACAACGACGACCGGGAAAUAGAGCUCCCUUCUUCCCUACAACCGCCGAUGGGGCGUGAGACCGGCAAGAACCGCAGCAGAAACGACAGAAUGCUCCCCGAACUCUGCGCACGCAGCAUCGCCUACCGUCGCGGGAGGGGAUGACGGAGACGUUCAAUCCCCCGCCUUCUGGGUGGUUACAGGGGAUAUCACAGUUCUUUUGAGGCUGCGGAAUAACAAUUCUCUGGCCUGUCAGCAAUCCCCAGGUUGUCCUGUAAUUCCCUUGCUCCCCCGGGCGCCAGCUUUGCCAGGGCCGUUUUUUUUGUGUGUUGAAGAUGCAGGCCUGCGAGAUACUGGAGACGAACAACAAAGCAACAAUCUUUGACUGGCUGGCC